UCCACACCCUGCCCUCCCCCGGGUCCUCCCCCAGCAGAGCCCCAAUUCCCAGCUCCGUGACCGUCCGGAGCCAAGCUGGCAGCAGAGCAGCCAUGGCAGAGGAACAGACUGAGCUGGAGGAGAGGAUCAUCAUCAAGGACCAGCACACCAAGGAGAUCGACCUGGUGAACAGAGACCCAAAGCAUAUUAACGAGGACGUUGUGAAGGUGGAUUUUGAGGAUGUGAUAGCUGAGCCUGUGGGAACAUACAGUUUUGAUGGCGUCUGGAAAACCAGCUACACCACCUUCACCGUCAGCAAGUACUGGUGCUACCGGCUGCUCUCUGCCAUCCUGGGAAUCCCCCUGGCAGUCAUCUGGGGCUUCCUCUUUGCCCUCAUCUCCUUCUGUCACAUCUGGGCAGUGGUGCCCUGCAUCAAGAGCUACCUGAUAGAGAUCCAGUGUGUCAGCCGAAUCUACUCCCUCUGCAUCCACACCUUCUGCGACCCGCUCUUUGAAGCACUCUCCAAGAUCUGCAGCAACAUCAGAGUUGCUCUCCGGAAGGAGAUCUAGGUCCCUACAGCCGCCCCAACCAGCCCUCACACAACCACCCCUCUGCACAGGUUCCCCUGGCUCCUGCAGCAUGCCCUGCCUUCUGGCACAUGGACACCCGUGCCCAGGGACCUGCGCAGUGCAGCAGGGCCCCACGGCAGAGCUGGCUGUCGGGGAUGCUCCCUGCAGAUGGAGGCAUGCUGGGCUGCUCCUUACUCUAUCCGAAAGCCAGCAGCUUUAGGAGAAAAGAAGCCCAUUGAGGCUCGGCAAGCAGCCCAGGGAGAGCCCUCUGCUCUCCAGGACCCCCCCGCAUCAUGCCCUGCUCCUGCAGGAGGGACCGCAGCAUCUCUUGGACCACAGCUCUGGGCCAGGACCUGCAGCUGCAGAGCGAGAAGCAAGGGUGCAGAGAUGCUGCUGGACAACAGACCAAACCCUGCCUGCUUCUCCAUCCCUUCAGUCUAGCAUGACACUAAGAGAAAUACUUGCAUAUGAAUUAUUAUUUGCUGCAAAUAAUUGUUGUUGUGGAAGCUUCUGUAUUAAAUCACACUGCACAAAAGUUUUGUGGAUA